AUGCGUGGAGCAUUGCUUAAAGGAGGUGCCCAGGGACAAAGCUUUGUGCCGGGAAGCAGCAGCCAAGCAGGAGCCUCCAGCUCUCGCAGCGUUUGCAGGGUUGAAGUCGGGCUGUGCCGCUGCAUUCCAGGGCGCUUCUCCUGCCGGUGUCCCGGCCCCAAACGGUCCCGCGCGGGAGCCCGCCUGGCACCGCCCGGGGAGCUGCUGAUGCGGAGGGGAAUUUGGGGCGGCCGGGCUGCCGCGGGACUGCCCGGGCCGCGCCGGUGCGAGCCGUGCGGAGCCGAGGGGGGCUUUGCCGGGCCGGCGGGCGGGAGAGGCGGCGCGGGCGCUGCGCUGGUCCCCGCCGGUGCCGGCCGCUCUGUCCGCUCCGGGCGCGGGGCUCGGGCGCCGCCGGGGCUCCCUGGGCCCGGUGCCGGCCCCGCCGGGCAGGGCGCAGCGGCCGGGGCUCUCCCGGCGCGGCGCCGCCCCUGCGCGCCCGAGGAGCCGCCGGAGGAGCCGCUUUCCUGCCGGGAGCCGCGCUCCGUCCGGCGCCGGGAGCGCGGGGAGCGAUUUUGGAAAGCUGUUUCUGUACUCCUGACUUCCCGUCACGCCAGGGACACGUGGCUUGGAGCACAGCAGCCGGAUUCCUCACUUAGCCGUGUCAGCUUGGUGCAGGUUAUGAAUUACAGGGUGACUUGGAAACCCAGAAACAAAGGGAAGAAGCUGGAUGGGGAAGAAAGGCUGCAGAGCUUCCUGCAACGGGCUGCGAGCGCAAAGAGCGAGGAGGCAGCGGAAGACCGGACUCAGGAAUCGGAACGGUUUUCUUGGGUUUAAGAAGCUCGAAUGGCGCUUCAAGACAUUUAUAUCAGACCUGGUUUAAUUUCAUUACCCUUUUUUUUACAUCCACAAAAAAACCCCAACCCUCCCCCCCC